AUGAAGGAUCAAGAUGGGAGACUCGUUAUUGUCGACUUUUACGCCGAUUGGUGUGGUCCCUGCAAGAUGCUCUCGCCCAUCCUCGAGCGUAUAACGUCAGAUACUACGUAUAGCAAUGGCAAAGAAGUAGACCUCGUCACUAUCAAUGCAGACGAAGAACCAGGUCUCACGGAGAAAUUUCAAGUUCGAGGACUUCCGACUGUCAUUGCCUUUCGUGAUGGCAAGCCGAUUGAGCACUUUGUAGGCGCGGCACCAGCCAAUGUCGUCCAGGAAUGGAUCAAGAAGCUAUCUGCAUAG